CUAUUGGUGGUUAUUGGUAUCAAUCACAGCUCGUGGCCAAUCGGAUGGCGGCGGGGCGGGCCCUCCGCGGAGCCAAAGUUGGCUGGGGCGGCGGAGCCGCUCGGCUGAGUCGGGAUCGGCGGGGCGCGACCUGCGCACGGACCGGACCGGGCCGAGCCGAGCCGAGCCGAGCCGAACCGAACCGAACCGAGCCUGCCGAGCCGGCCCGAACCACCCUGCCGAAUCGAACUGAGCCCAGGCGAACCACCCUGCCAAAACGAACUGAGCCGCACCGAACAGAACCGAGCCCAUCCCUACAGCAGCGAACAGAACCGAGCCCAUCCCUAGAGCAGCGAACAGAACCGAGCCCAUCCCUACAGCAGCGAACAGAACCGAGCCCAUCCCUACAGCAGCGAACGGAACCGAACCCAUCCCUACAGCAGCGAACAGAACCGAGCCCAUCCCUACAGCAGCGAACAGAACCGAACCGAACCCGUCCCUCUGGCACGCAGCUGAUCCCCAAGGCACGGAACCAGACCCAUCCCUACCGCACCGAGGCCGUUCUUUCCGCACCCAGCCCAUCCCUACGGCACCGCACCGCUCCCGUGCCCCGCGGUACCGCACCGAUCCCGCACCCCGCGGCACUGCUCCGCAUCCCAGAGCACCGCACCGACCCGUGCCCUGCGGCACCGCACCGAUCCCGCACCCCGCGGCACUGCUCCGCAUCCCAGAGCACCGCACCGACCCGUGCCCUGCGGCACCGCUCCGCAUCCCAGGGCUCCGCACCGCGCCCUAAGGCUCGGCACCCUCCGGCCCCGCUCCGCCCCGCGGUGCCCGCAGCGCCCGCGCCCGCCGGGACCAUGAUGUCGUGUGCCGAGCUGCUGGCCGUGUGCCUGCUCUCCGCAGACCGCGGCCCCAAGCCCCGCCGCCAGCCGCUGCCCAUCUUCCACGACAUUUUCCGGCGAGCCGACAAGAACGAUGAUGGGAAGCUGUCAUUUGAGGAGUUCAAGAACUAUUUCUCUGAUGGCAUCCUGAGCUCGGAGGAGCUGUGGGAGUUGUUCAGUGGCAUUGACAGGCGUCACUCAGACAAUGUGGACACAGAGAAGUUGUGUGAUUAUUUCUCAGCCUACCUCGGGGAAUACAGGAACGUGCUCUCUGCCCUGGAAACGCUCAACGCUGCGGUGCUGGCAGCCAUGGACAAAACCAAGCUGAGGUACGAGACAGCCUCGAAGAUGGAGCAGUUCCUGACGCGGUUCCUGCUGCGGGAAACCAUGCACCAGCUGCAGUCCCUGCAGGUGUCCCUCGAGUGCGCCGUGGACACCGUGGAGGAGCAGGCGGGACGGGAGAGAAAGGAGGUCAAGAAAUCGGAGACUUCAGUUGGCCUGAGGUCAGGGAGGCGGUGUGGGCGCAGGGGACAGAAGAACGUCUGCCUGUCCCCAACAGACCCCUACUCUGGGAUGCUGACAACAGGUGUUUGUGUCGAGGACAACAGCCAGUGGAUGGCUCAGAUCAACAGGCUCCAGCAGCUCAUCGAGAAGCUGGAGUGCAAGAGCCCCCGCCUGGAGCCACUGAAGGAGGAAGCCAUGUGCAAGGGACAGGAUGCACACAUCCUGGUGGCCAAGCGGCAGAUCUCGGUGGCCACGAGCGGCAUCGAGGAGUUCCGGCAGGCGUUCCGCUCCUACACCGAGGGCACGGCCGGGCACAGCAGCUGCCUGCAUGUCUCUGCCUGCAAGCUGACGGACGAGGCCUGCUUCAUCCUCUACGAGUUCUGGCAGGACGUGACCUCGUGGAGGAGCCACUUGCAGUCCAGCUGCAGCAAGACUUUCCAGCAGUCCAUCCUCAGCUUGCUGGAGUCCCCGGAGCUGCUGACCACCAUGCUCUUCCCAGCUUCCUGGUGGAUCAUGAACAACAACUGACCCGGGGCAGCUCUCCAGGACACCAUCAGCAUGCGGGAGGACGUGGAACCUGGGCACAGCCCUUGUCACCUUUGUCACCUCCCUGUCCCUCCAUUCCCUCCUGUGGCCAGCGGGGGCUGCCUGCCCCCGGCCCUGCCAGUGUUUUCGCUCCUUUGCUCUUUUCAUGUUAAUUUAUUUAUUUCUCCUGCUCCUAAGCCAGUGUCCGAGCUGCCUGUGGGGGCUGUGGGUGGGGUGGCAGCCUGGCCCCGGGGGGACACGGGGCUGGUGCUGCCCUCAGUCCCUCCUGCACUCAGCUCCUCUUCCUCCUGGCUCUGAGGCUGCCCAGGGAUGGGCAGGGGGACACGGCCCUGGCCAGCUGUGACAUCCUGCCCAAGGAGCCAGGUGGCCUCAUAUGGAUUGUCAAGAGUGUUUUAUAGGGAAAAAAACAUUUCAUGAAGUACUUCUGGCAUGGUGUACCUGGCCAUGCCCUGCCACGCUGGCAGCAUGUGGCUUUGAGGCUGGCUUUGUGCCCCAGCAGCUGUGCCCACGGCUGGACCUGUCCCCAGCACAUGCCACUGCCAGGCAAGGCCGAGGGGCUCCAGGCUCUGCUGCUUCCUCAGCUGCCAGAACCCAGCCUGGGCAGUGGGGAGGGGGCUGGGCUGGGGGCACUACGUGAGGGGGGAAGGCUGGGGCAGACCCCACCUGCUCCAGGCUGGCACUGGGGUUUCCUUGGUGCUGCUGCAGCAGCAGAUCCUCUGCUGAGCCGGGAAAACAAGCAUUGUCACAGCCAGAGUGCAGGGAGUGGGAGGGCACAGGGCCAGGAGGGACACCAGCCACGCUCCUGGCCUGGAGAACACCAUCCCUGUGCCCCUGCCUGUCCUCACAGCAGUGUGGCACCAGGGGUGCCUGCACCCCAAUCCUCACUCACCCAGGACCUGCUACCCCCCAAGCUCUUCUCCCACUCCCCGUGGGUGCUGCUCCAGCAGAACCAUUGCUUUGAGUGUUUCUGCCCCAGUCCCUGAUGCAGGCAGGACAAGCUGUGCCUGAAGCUGCCUCCUGGGGACCCCCACACGCUGUGCUGGGUGGGUCUGACACGGUGGCACCCCUGGCCCCAGGGGGUGACAGCACAGCAGGUCUCUGGUUUUUAGGGUGCUUGUUUUGCUCCUGCAGGAGCUGCCUGGCUUUGGGGUGCCAGGGCUGACCUGGCUGAUGCCAGGAGCCACCUGCAUAGAUCAGGGAAGCUCCUGCUUGGAGGGACAGCAGCUGCUGCUGCCAGCCCAGCUGGGCACUGCCAGACCCCACCAGCCCAGGGCAGGCUCAGCACCCAAAGCACAAAUGCCCCUCCCAGGGAUGGGGGCAGGGCCUGUCCCUGUCCCCACGGGGACACAUCCCCAAGCACCCCACUGUCUCCCUGGUUAUCAGUCCCUGCUGCUGCCCCUGGCCAAAGCCAGGAUCUGCUGGGACCGUGGGGCAGCAGGGGCAGCUGCAGGGCCACACUGCUGCCCCUGGGAGUGACAAACAGGGGAUGCAGGGAUAUGCUGGAGCCACAGCAGCACCAUCAGCAAGGGACAGACUGUGCCAGGGCACAGCCAGGGGGGUCAGAGAGGGGCAGCCACAGGGGCAGAGCUGCAGCAGGCACUGGUUUGGGAUUCCUGAGCUGCCUCCCCAGCCCUGGGUGGGGUUCACCCCUCAGUUUUGGGUUUUUUCACCACUGGAUUAAUGUUUGCAGCAGCCUGGAGACCGAAAUCCUCAGAUUAAGCCAAGGUGUGGGCAGGGGGCAUCCCUGGGGGGCACAGGGCUGGCAGUGGCAGCCAGCUGAGACAGAGCCCUGCAGGCUGCUCUGUGCUCACCUAAAAAAAGAUCAUUUAAAAAAAGCUCAGAAAACAACACACUGAGCUAUAAACUCAAAGAAAUCACUGAGGAUAGGGCUGAACUGCAGCUCUGCCUGCACUUGCUCCCAGGCUUUGCCCACAACAUCACCACCACAGGGAGGCAAUUUUU